UCCCAUCCCUGCACUGCCCCAUCCCUCUUCUCUCUCCUUCACCUCUAUUAGUUAUCCUCGGUAGUUCUCAGAGUUAACAACCUCCGCACCUCUAGACACCCAGACCCCGGCCCGGCCCUGCCCUAACCCAGCCACGCUGCACUAUGACCAGCCUCAGAGCCGGACGGAGGGCCCUGGCCCUGGUUCUCCUGGUUGUCCUCCAGCUUCAGGCCUGUAGGGGACAGGGGACUGCUGAGCUCAGGAAGCCCAUCUACCAGAGACUCAGACGACUUGACGAUCAGUUCCGUCGAUUCCAGGAACAGACCCUGAGCCGGUUAGACCUUCUGAACCGUAUGUCUAAUGUGUCGACCUCCCUAGUAGAGGUCAGAGUUCAGACCCUGUCUGACCAACACAGAAACCUCACCCAGGAACUAACACAACUCAGAGACACCACCACACAGGAGCUGGACGUCCUGAAAGACCAGAGCAGUAAACUACAGAAGAAGAACAAGAGGAUGGAGGGAAGACUGGCCUCGCUGGAGAGAGGACUGAGACACAGACAGGGACAGGGCAGCAGGCAGACCCAGAGACUGAGUCAGGAGCAGGAAGAGUCUCUCUCCAGCCUCACCCUGGAGCUCCACAGCCAGGAGGGGCGACUCGACUCCCUGGAGGCCCAGCGAGAGGAGCUUCUGGUCGGGCUGAGAGGUCUCCAGGAGUCCCUGAGGGAGCAAGAUCUCCGGAUGAGCCGGCUCGAAUUGAGGCUGGGGGAGCUUUUACAGGGGAAUGUAAUCUCUUCCAGGGGAUCAGAAAGGACAGGAAACACCCUCACCUCCAACCUCACCCCCCAGGACACAGCACCCCCACGGAGGACCCAGGCCUCCAGAGGACAGAGCCCAAGACAGGACACCCAGACAUAUUACCAGCCCCAGCCUCAGGCUAACAUUCAGCCUCAGCCCUACUCUCAGCCCCAUCCCCAACCCCAUUCCCAGCCAAAACACACAAAAGAAAGGAGGAUGAGGACAAGACUACAGGCUCCACCUCCCCACCCCACACAGCCUCCUUCUCAGUCCCAGGAGGAGAGGAAGAGGCUGGGGGAGAGAGGACAGGAGAGCCCCCGGCCUGGUCUUCCUCAACAGGGGCCAAAACCACAGUCUGUGGAGGAAACGAGAGAGGAGGGAGAGAUGGAGAGGAGGAGGGGGGAUGAGGUGUGGAGGAGGAGUGAAGUGACGCAGACAGAGAUGAGGAGGGGAGAGGAAGAGCGGACAGAGAGGAGGAGAGGAGAGGAAGAGCGGACAGAGAGGAGGAAGGAAGAGGAAGAGCGGACAGAGAGGAGGAAGGAAGAGGAAGAGCAGACAGAGAGGAGGAAGGAAGAGGAGGAAAUGAAAGGAGAGGAAUCACAAAUCCAGAACCUUCUCCAGCUUCCAGUGAGACACAAGAUCCCUCUGCAGCACAUCCCCAGGAGAGAAGCUACCAUCUGUAACGUGGACUCCAUGCUCCUGUUCCCGUCAGCUUCCUCUGAGAACCACGUCACCUUCUCCCGGAGCUUCCCUGCUCUUCCAGAACUCUCCGUGUGCCUGUGGCUCCGCGUCGACGUCGGGUACGUAGGAACGCUCCUCUCUUACGCCACGGAAGACAACGACAACAAACUAGUCCUAUACGGACGCAACUCCUCCUCCUCCUCUUUCUCCACCCCCAGCCGAGCAACCCUGGACUUUGUGGUGGGAGACCCUGCGUACCGUGAGCUCCCUGUGGACUCUGUGCUGGACGGGUGCUGGCACCACCUCUGUGUCCUCUGGUCCUCUAUCCAGGGACGAUUCUGGCACUACACCGACCGGCGCCUGACCUCCGCAGGGUCACGGUUCAGGAAGGGUUACGAGGUGCCGGGAGGGGGGAUAGUGGUGCUGGGAGCAGAGCAGGACAGCCAGGGGGGAGGGUUUGAUCCCACCGAGGGGUUCGUGGGGCGCCUGGCGGGGUUCACCGUGUGGGACAGGGUGUUGAGUCCUGGGGAGGUGACAGGGGUGGCUAUGGGGAGGGGGGUACCCCGGGGGGUGGUGCUCGAGUUGGGGGACGUUGACAGAGUUCAUGGGGAGGUGCAGCAGGUAGCCUGCGAGUGCCUGGAACACUGUAGCUGAGACGUCUGAUUCCAAACCGACCCUAACCCCUCGUCCCUCGUCCCUCAUCCCUCAUCCCUCGUCCCUCAUCCCUCAUCCCUCGUCCCUCAUCCCUCGUCCCUCACCCCUCGUCCCUCAUCCCUCGUCCCUCGUCCCUCAUCCCUCUUCCCUAUAGGCACUCCUAGAUCUACGGUGCGGUCCUUUAGGGCAGAGUGGGGCUGGUUUUUACUCCUCUGUACUUGAUUGAUCAAUUAAGGUAAUUGAUUUCCCCUCACCUGGUUGUCUAGGUUUUAAUUGUGCAUCAAUUAAAAAUAAAUAAUAACAAAUAACAACAACCAGCCUGGAGGGGUUUGACUUGGGAUUCAGCUGUCUAAAUGUUUUAAUAUCAAUCAAUUAACUUCCAGGGAGAAUGAAGACCGGCAGAACUGCCCUUCGGACUGGAUGUGGACCUGGGUUAAAAGAGGAACACUUCAAAAUGAUGCAUGUGAAUGAAAGCCAUCAAUUAUUACUUAAAGCAAUGUUGUUAUAUGGCUAAACAAAGACUAUUUCACAUCAUAUAUAUUGUUACCCAGCAACAGACAGAGAGACAGACUUACAGACAGACAGACAGGUACAGACUUAGACAGAGAGAGAGACAGAC